AGGGGAUGUUGGGAUUUGUAGUCCCCAGGCCUCUUUGUAGUGCGCUGGGAUCUGUGGUCCCUGAGUGCACCGCUGGCAUGCUGGGAAAUGUAGUCUGUCGCAUCUCACAGUGCAACUAGCUGCCGUCUCACAGUGCAACUAGCUGCCGGUUAGUGUGCUCAGCGGCUAGAGCAGGUCCCUAAAGCCUCUGCAUAUCCGAAGGCAACCCUCCGCUGGGACAAACUCUAGGCAACAACACCAGAUGAAUAUUAUGUCCUUUGGGACUUCCCGGGGUGGGCCCUUCCCAUUGACGUUCACAGUCCCCCUGCGAAGCCGCUGCGCGCUCCUAUUGGCUGAUUGGGUUGCCAAUUGCCAAGGCGGGCUUUCCAUUGGUUCCAGGAGGGCACUCGAGGCUUGGGGGAAGGAGAAGGGAUCAGGAGCGGGAGCUGAGGGGAGAGAGAGGCCGGUCCGGGUUUGGCCGCUGCUGCUGCUCUCCCGAGGUCUCCAGGCCGGACUGCGGCUCCAUCCUCGGCUCCUGGGCACCGUCUACGAGGCUCCGCCAACCAGAGUGAGAAAGCCGCGGGCGGCGACUGCCGCAUCAUGUCAACCAAGGACGAGCGAGCCAGGGAGAUCCUGAGGGGCUUCAAACUAAAUUGGAUGAACCUUCGGGAUGCUGAAACAGGGAAGAUACUCUGGCAAGGAACAGAAGACCUGUCUGUUCCUGGUGUGGAGCAUGAAGCCCGUGUUCCCAAGAAAAUCCUCAAGUGCAAGGCAGUGUCUCGAGAACUGAAUUUUUCUUCAAUAGAACAAAUGGAAAAAUUCCGCCUGGAACAAAAAGUUUACUUCAAAGGGCAAUGCCUAGAAGAAUGGUUCUUCGAGUUUGGCUUUGUGAUCCCUAACUCCACAAAUACCUGGCAGUCCUUGAUAGAGGCAGCACCCGAGUCCCAGAUGAUGCCAGCAAGCGUCUUAACUGGGAACGUUAUCAUAGAAACAAAGUUUUUUGACGACGAUCUUCUUGUAAGCACAUCCAGAGUGAGACUUUUCUAUGUUUGAGAGAAGAAUAUGUGUGCAUUUCAAGAAUUUGGGUUUUUUUGGAGGGAGGAGGAAACCGUUUACUUUUUUCCUCCACACGUUUGAUUUUUGACAAUUCCACCCCUAAUUCCCUCAACAGCAGAACCUACCUGCAGCCACCAGGGGACCAGCUCUGUGUAGGUAACCAGAUGGCUCUUUUUCCCAAGCCGCCAUCUUCCAGCUGACCAGACUAAACUCCCAACCCCAGACCAGGGCAGGGGACAGGUCUCAAGUCCUUCCCAGUGUACACACAGGGAACAAAUACCACAAACCAAUAACUGUACCUGUCACCCUUCCUGACUCCUCCUUGGGCCCUACAGGCUACACAUCUACCUUUGGCCCCUGGUUUUUGGAAAAAUUCCAUGUUCCUGACCCAUGUUUAGUUUUUUUUCCUACCAUUUCUAUUUCAUACAUUCUCAUACAUUUAACUUGUAAAAUAGACUGUGAUAUUAUUAUUACAUAAUGUAAUUAAAAAUAUGAAUUAAAAUAUUCCUACAGUCUUUAGCAUG